CCUUAUUUUGCUUUUUCGUCGAACAUCCACAGCUGAGUUUGCUGUAGAAAACAAUCAAAAACCUCAUAUUUUGCUUUAUUUCUCAAGAAUGAUAGUUAUAUUUCGAAGAUCGAAAGCCUAUCACAAGCAAGCUAAGAUUCAGUCAUGGCCUGUCAAGAAUCAACAAGUUUAGUAAACAGAAUACGAAACAACCAGCACCAAUUUCGCAAAACUCUGGCGAAAUCUGUUUGUUCUUUUGUGUAAUUGAUUUGCAAACCUUUAUGAACUUCUCUGAGAGCAAAUUUCGCCUGUAAAGUGGUGCACACACACGACCUGGACAACAAAAUGCCGGAUAAUCAAGGUGAUUACUACGAAGCCGCCUUGACUAUCAAGGCCAAGUUAGGCAUUGCAAAAGAGAUCUUGAAGAAGUUAAAGGCGUCCUCCGAUGCGCGUUUAAAGAUGUUCAAGACCACAUGUUUUGGUCGGUGGUUAGAUAUUUCAACUGCGUAUGGGGACCCACUACUCGUCCAUCUAAUGCUGCAAACUCAAAUCUACCCGGAGCCGGAGCCUGCGGAGAUGUGGUUUCGUGUUGGAGGAUACGAGUUGCGUUUUGGGCAAAUGGAAUUUUGUCUUGUCACUGGAUUCCGAUUCGGCCACAUUCCUUCGUCAUCGGAGACGUCCAAGAGUUGGUUUAGGAUCCGGUUGUUUUCACGGAUUCCUUCGUAUCAAUCGUUGAAGGUCUCCGACUUAUUACAAGUCUUUCGGAGUAAAGAGUUUGCAGAGUUAGCAGACGUGGAUGCGGUCCGUAUAUGUCUUCUCAUCUUGUUGGAGGUUGGAUUCAUGGGCCAUGAGGAUAAAUCGGUGGUCUCUGAUCGGCUCCUAUGCCUUGUUGAUGACUUAGUCUCGUGGAACAAGUACCCAUGGGGGUCGUAUAUCUGGCCCACCACCUACAACCAGUUGAAUCGUGCGUUGUCAAAACGCGGACACCAUGUGGGCGUUAGGACAACGCGUAAGAGGGUAGCGAAGUACACUCUCACAGGAUUCGUCUACGCCUUCAAGAUAUGGAUCUUCGAGAUGUUUCCUAUUGCUAGAGAAUUCGCGAUGCGUGAAAGAGAUGUGAUCCCUCGGGCCAUUGCAUGGAGGAGGACCCACGCACUGUCGUGGGAUACGUGCCAACAAUUUCUUGAUGUAGACACGGAUGGGCGUCACCCUCAAACGGAGCUGACGCCCACAAUAGACGAACAGUCUGCUGAAUGGUGGAUAGACAGUUGUCGUUUUUUUAACGAUGUUUCCGAAAAUCUUUCGCCAUUGUCAAAGAAGAGUCGUCUAGAGCCACCAUCGCAAAAUAAUGAGGUUGGCUCGGAUGAUAUUGAAGUUGAAGAGCAGAAGCCACCUUUGAUUUUUCGUGAUGGUCGACCACAAACACAUCCGGACCCCGCAAAUGAAUCUUCAUACACUGCGACACCAUCAAUGUCACAUCCGGUCCCACCACCACACCCGGUGGCGGACACGGUUCCGGAAAUAUCCAAUUUUGUGUUAGAAGUUGUAAGUAUUGUUGUUUACAUGUAUGUUGCUUUACAAUUUGGAUAUAGUGGUAACUGGUAA